CGGGUGCUGUGGGUUGCUCCUCCUCCGCUAAGGUUUCGGCGCGGGCGGGCACGAUGCGCAGACUCGGCCCUUGGCUAAAGAUGGCGGCGGCGGGUGAUAAACAGAAGCACGAGCACGGGCGGGUGAAGAUCGGGCAUUACAUCCUGGGUGACACGCUCGGCGUCGGCACCUUCGGUAAAGUCAAGGUUGGCAAACAUGAGUUAACUGGGCAUAAAGUUGCAGUGAAGAUCCUGAAUCGACAGAAGAUUCGCAGCCUUGAUGUUGUAGGAAAAAUCCGCAGGGAGAUUCAGAACCUCAAGCUCUUCAGACAUCCUCAUAUAAUUAAGCUGUACCAGGUCAUCAGUACACCAACUGAUAUUUUCAUGGUGAUGGAAUAUGUUUCAGGAGGAGAAUUGUUUGAUUAUAUCUGUAAAAAUGGAAGGCUGGAUGAGAAGGAAAGUAGACGUUUGUUCCAGCAGAUCCUUUCUGGUGUGGACUACUGUCACAGACAUAUGGUAGUACAUAGAGACCUGAAGCCUGAAAAUGUGCUGCUUGAUGCACACAUGAAUGCCAAGAUAGCUGACUUUGGUCUAUCAAAUAUGAUGUCAGAUGGAGAAUUUUUAAGAACAAGCUGUGGUUCCCCUAACUAUGCUGCGCCAGAAGUAAUUUCAGGAAGAUUAUAUGCAGGUCCAGAAGUAGAUAUUUGGAGCAGUGGGGUUAUUCUCUAUGCUUUGUUGUGUGGAACACUUCCAUUUGAUGAUGAUCAUGUACCAACCCUUUUUAAGAAGAUAUGUGAUGGUAUCUUUUAUACCCCUCAGUAUCUGAAUCCAUCUGUAAUCAGUCUUUUGAAGCAUAUGCUGCAAGUGGAUCCAAUGAAGAGAGCAACAGUCAGAGACAUUAGGUAAAAUACUAACUGAUGUCUGAUCACAGGAUGCUGGAAUGAUAAUCUCGGUGCAAAUAUGCAGAACAAAGAAGUCAUUCAUAGAGCUAGUCUGUGUUUUGUAGGGUGAGGAAAAAUUCAGCUGCUGAUGGUUUGGUUUUACCUCUGAUUCUCAUCUUCAGUGGCCUUCUGUCAGGAGUCGUAGUAAAAUGAGUUAUAUAGUGUUGUGCAAGAUGUUGAAAACC